AUGCCUGGUAUACUGCCAUGCAGUGAUGUAGGUGGUUCUGGCAGUAGUGUUGGUGGUCGUGGUGGUGCUGUUGGGGUAGGUAGGAGGAGGAGGAGGGCAGUGGUUCUUGUUGGCGAUCGUAGGUGAAUGGCCAUUUCGGGCCCGCAUGCUGCACACGAUCAAGCAUCCGGCAUCUUUAAAGAUGUCAUGAAACUUGUCUCAGGUGGAUCGGCUCCAGCAGGAGAGGGAGAAUGCUGCUGAUGAUGAUGACGAUGUGGAGGAGGAGAAGGAGGAGGACGAGGAGGAGGAGGAGGAGAAGGAGAGAGUGUGGAAAAAGCAUCACAAGGCUACACUGCCUAUGAUCUUUUUUUCCGCUCAAGUGACCGUGCUUGAUCCGACCAUGAUGCAGUGA